GAGCAACAAAACCUGGAAAACUGGUUGCCCAUAAGUGCUUCUAGAAAAGCAAAAUGGUGGUAUUCAACAUUCCACAAUGUAACGGCUAUGGUUGGGGCUGGCGUGUUAGGCUUGCCAUUUGCUGUAGCCCAGCUUGGAUGGAUUCCAGGUGUUUUCAUGAUCAUGUUUUCAUGGAUCCUGACAUUUUAUGCCCUGUGGCAACUUAUUCACUUGCAUGAAGUGGUCCCAGGGAAGAGGUUUGAUCGAUACUUUGAAUUGGGAAAACAUGUUUUGGGCCCAAAAAAAGGAUUCUGGCUAGUAAUGCCACAACAGCUAACGGUUCAGGUGGCUUCAGCCAUUGUGUACACUGUCACUGGUGGGAAGUCAUUGAAGAAGGUGUUCGAUACAGUUGUUCCAUCCAUGACUGACAUUAGACAAACAUAUUACAUUCUCUUCUUUGUAUGCUUGCAGUUGUUGCUUUCCCAAACUCCUAACUUCAAUAAACUGAAAUCAGUGUCUUCCCUGGCUGCUCUCAUGUCUGUCUGUUAUUCCAUGGUGGCAAGUUGCAUGUCAAUUGUUGAGGGGAUUGGACGUCAUCAUCAUCAUCAUCAUAUUGAUUAUGGAGUUCGAUCCCACACAACCCCUGGGAUAGUUCUUGACGCAUUCAAUGCCCUUGGAACCAUAGCAUUUGCUUUUGCUGGACAUAGUGUUGCUUUAGAGAUUCAGGCUACGUUACCCUCCACAGAAGAAAAACCUUCCAACAUACCAAUGUGGCGAGGUGUGAGAGUGGCAUACACCAUAGUUAUUAUUUGCUAUAUUUCAGUUGCAGUGUCUGGCUUUUGGGCAUAUGGAAAUGCUGUCGACGAUGAUGUCCUCAUCACACUCGAACACCCCAAUUGGCUUAUUGCUAUUGCUAACUUCAUGGUUUUCAUUCAUGUCUUAGGCAGCUUUCAGGUUUUUGCUAUGCCUGUGUUUGAUACAAUCGAGACAACUUUGGUGAAAAGCUGGAAUUUUACUCCCUCAAGGAUUCUUCGCUUAGUUAGUCGAAGCAUAUUUGUUUGCGUGGUAGGAAUUAUUGGCAUGUGUAUUCCAUUUUUUGGAGGAUUGUUGGGCUUCUUCGGAGGACUUGCUUUCACAUCAACAUCUUAUAUGAUUCCUAGUAUACUAUGGCUUGCGGAAAAAAGUCCAAAAAGAUGGAGUUUCCAUUGGAUUGCAUCAUGGAUUUGUGUCAUUGUUGGUGGUAUAAUAGCAGUAGUUGCACCCAUUGGAGGAGUACGAACAAUUAUUGUUUCGGCAAAGACUUACAAGCUAUUUUCCUAAUAGAAGAUUCAUGUUCAUAAUUAUUUUA